AUGCCCCCACGUGUUCAGCAUGCCCUGCCAUGCUCUGCGGAUGAGAUUAUUCAUAGCUACAGGCACACCACCCUAAAUUCUGGCUUAUCCUCCUUCUCAUUGGCUAUAGCUGCAGGUUACCACUGUGAGAGGGAUAAGGCGGAAUUGCCAUGGGAUCAAGGGGAUGAUGUGGCAGACGCAGUGAUAAAAGAUGCGGAGGAGUGGAGCGACGAUAGUGAUGAGUGGUGGGUAGCAGGCCACUAUGACGGGGAGGAAGUGGAGGUGUGGGUGGCAGGGGUGCAAGGGUGGAAAGCAGGGGUGCAAGGGGGAGAAUCAGGGGUGCAAGGGUGGAAAGCAGGGGUGCAAGGGGGAGAAGCAGGGGUGCAAGGGUGGAAAGCAGGGGUGCAAGGGGGAGAAGCAGGGGUGCAAGGGUGGGAAGCAGGGGUGCAAAGGUGGAGAGCAGGGGUGCAAGGGUGGAAAGCAGGGGUGCAAGGGUGGAAAGCAGGGGUGGAAGGGUGGGAAGCAGGGGUGCAAGGGUGGAAAGCAGUGGUGCAAGGGUGGGAAGCAGGGGUGCAAGGGUGGAAAGCAGUGGUGCAAGGGUGGGAAGCAGGGGUGCAAGGGUGGAAAGCAGGGGUGCAAGGGGGAGAAGCAGGGGUGCAAGGGUGGGAAGCAGGGGUGCAAAGGUGGAGAGCAGGGGUGCAAGGGUGGAAAGCAGGGGUGCAAGGGUGGAAAGCAGGGGUGGAAGGGUGGGAAGCAGGGGUGCAAGGGUGGAAAGCAGUGGUGCAAGGGUGGGAAGCAGGGGUGCAAGGGUGGAAAGCAGUGGUGCAAGGGUGGGAAGCAGGGGUGCAAGGGUGGGAAGCAGGGGUGCAAGGGUGGAAAGCAGUGGUGCAAGGGUGGGAAGCAGGGGUGCAAGGGUGGAAAGCAGUGCAUAGGAGUUGGGUGUACGAGGGGAGUGCGGGGUAUGAGAGGAAUGGGGAGUAUGAGAGGAGUGGGGGGAGUGGAUGGUACAAGGGGAGGGAUUGGAGAGGCACAUGGGGAGGGACAGGAAAGAUGGCAAGAUCGAGGGAGAGGAGGGGCAUGGGGGAAGCAUUGGGGAUGGAGGGGGGAAGCAGGGAGGAGGGAGAGGGAAAGCAGGGAGGGGGAUGGGGGGGAAGCAGGGAGGGGAUGGGGGGAAGCAGGGAGGGGGAUGGGGGGAAGCAGGGAAGGGGAUGGGGGAAGCAGGGAAGGGGAUGGGGGGAAGCAGGGAAGGGGAUGGGGGGAAGCAGGGAAGGGGAUGGGGGGAAGCAGGGAAGGGGAUCGGGGGAAGCAGGGAAAGGGAUGGGGGGAAGCAGGGAAGGGAUAGGGGGAAGCAGGGAAGGGGAUGGGGGGAAGCAGGGAAGCGGAGGGGGGGAAGCAGGGAAGGGGAUGGGGGGAAGCAGGGAAGGGGAUGGGGGGAAGCAGGGAAAGGGAUGGGGGGAAGCAGGGAAAGGGAUGGGGGGAAGCAGGGAAGGGAUGGGGGGAAGCAGGAAAGGGGAUGGGGGGAAGCAGGGAAGGGGAGGGGGGGAAGCAGGGAAGGGGAUGGGGGUAAGCAGGGAAGGGGAGGGGGGUAAGCAGGGAGGGGGAUGGGGGAAAGCAGGGAAGGGGAUGGGGGGAAGCAGGGAAGCGGAGGGGGGGAAGCAGGGAAGGGGAUGGGGGGAAGCAGGGAAGGGGAUGGGGGGAAGCAGGGAAGGGGAUGAGGGGAAGCAGGGAAGGGGAGGGGGGGAAGCAGGGAAGGGGAUGGGGGGGGAAGCAGGGAGGGGGAUGGGAGGAAGCAGGGAAGGGGAUGAGGGGAAGCAGGGAAGCGGAGGGGGGGAAGCAGGGAAGGGGAUGGGGGGAUUCUGGGUGGGGGAUGGGGGGAAGCAGGGAAGGGGAUGGGGGGAAGCAGGGAAGGGGAUGGGGGGAAGCAGGGAAGGGGAUGGGGGGAAGCAGGAAAGGGGAUGGGGGGAAGCAGGGAAGGGGAUGGGGGGAAGCAGGGAAGGGGAUUGGGGGAAACAGGUAGAGGGGGCAGAUGCCAGAGGAAGGUACAUGGGGUGGGACAGGAAAGAUGGUGAGAUCGAGGGAGAGGAGGGGCAUAUGGGGAAAGCGAAGGCUCACCUGGUGCGUGGCGCUGACCUCUCUGAGGUCCUUCCCUAUGUCCUCCCCCCUCUGUAUCUCCCCCUCUGUCCUUCCCCUUCUGUCUCUCUCCCUGUCUCCUUCCCCCUCGAUCUCUCCCCCUCUGUCCUUCCCCUUCUGUCAACAACCCUGUCUCCUUCCCCCUCUAUCUCUCCCCCUGUGACAUUCCCCCUCUGUCUCUCCCCCUGUGUCCUGCACCCUCUGUCUCUCCCCCUGUGUCCUGCACCCUCUGUCUCUCCCCCUGUGUCCUGCACCCUCUGUCUCUCCCCCUGUGACAUUCCCCCUCUGUCUCUCCCCCUGUGUCCUGCACCCUCUGUCUCUCCCCCUGUGUCCUGCACCCUCUGUCUCUCCCCCUGUGUCCUGCACCCUCUGUCUCUCCCCCUGUGUCCUGCACCCUCUGUCUCUCCCCCUGUGUCCUGCACCCUCUGUCUCUCCCCCUGUGUCCUGCACCCUCUGUCUGUCCGUGGGAAGGGCGAGGAAAGGAAGCACGGACGUACCGUGUCUGGCAUUCGAAAGAGGCACGGUGCGGGCGAGUUUGGCAGGCAGUUGUGCUACGCAGUGAUUGGACAGACAGCGUGA